GCCCCGGACUGCUUCCCCCUGCUCGGCUCAGCUGUGUGUACCUGUCCGCAGUGACAUGGCAUCGCGGCUUUGAGCAGCAGCAGCAGCAGCAGCAGGAGCAGCAGCAGCAUCAUCCUGCACCAUGGAGGCGAUACGGCAGCCGAGGCGCCGCGCAGCCUGCGUGGUGGUGCCCGCCUGGAUCCUCCUGAACACGGUGUCCGGACUGAAUGCGCAGGGCGACGGCAUGGAAGAACUCACCACCGAGAAGGAGGCGGAGGAAAGUCACCGACAGGACAGCGUGAAUCUGCUGACAUUCAUUCUGCUGCUGACCUUAACCAUCCUCACCAUAUGGCUCUUCAAGCACAGACGGGUCCGAUUCCUCCACGAAACCGGGCUGGCGAUGAUAUACGGUUUGCUGGUUGGUGUUAUUCUGCGAUACGGCAUCCCUGCCACCAGCUACCACAACAAGACGCCCCCGAGCUGCUCUAUGAAGGAAGGACCUGCCAGCACCCUGCUGCUUAAUGUCAGCGGAAAGUUUUUUGAGUACACCCUCAAAGGGGAGAUCAACUCCCGAGAGAUUCACAAUGUGGAGCAGAAUGAUAUGCUGCGCAAGGUGACAUUUGACCCUGAAGUAUUUUUCAACAUUCUGCUGCCCCCUAUCAUUUUCCAUGCUGGCUACAGUCUCAAGAAGAGACAUUUCUUCAGGAACCUGGGCUCCAUCAUAACAUAUGCGUUUCUUGGCACCGCCAUCUCCUGUUUUGUUAUUGGGAAUCUGAUGUACGGUGUGGUCAAACUGAUGCAAGCGGUCGGACAGCUGACUGAAAAGUUCUACUACACGGACUGCCUUUUCUUUGGUGCUAUCCUCUCUGCCACAGACCCAGUGACGGUGUUGGCCAUUUUCAACGAGCUCCAUGCAGACGGCGAUCUCUACGCUCUGCUGUUCGGAGAAAGCGUCAUGAACGAUGCAGUUGCCAUCGUGCUUUCCUCGUCUAUUGUGGCUUACCAGCCCAGUGGAGCAAACACACACAUGUUUGAUGCCUCAGCCUUUUUCAAGUCAGUGGGGGUUUUCCUGGGUAUAUUCAGCGGCUCCUUUAUAAUGGGUGCAGCUACUGGAGUUGUCACUGCUCUCGUCACCAAGUUCACCAAGCUGCACUGCUUUCCCCUGCUGGAGACGGCCCUCUUCUUCCUCAUGUCCUGGAGUACCUUCCUGCUAGCUGAGGCCUGCGGGUUCACAGGCGUCGUGGCCGUGCUCUUCUGUGGAAUCACACAGGCUCACUACACGUACAAUAACCUCUCCGAAGAGUCCACAAAGAGAACCAAGCAGCUCUUUGAGGUCCUUCACUUCCUCGCUGAGAAUUUCAUAUUCUCCUACAUGGGCUUGGCUCUGUUCACCUUCCAGAACCACGUCUUCAACCCUAUUUUCAUUAUCGGGGCUUUCAUUGCCAUAUUCAUUGGAAGAGCCUUCAACAUUUACCCACUCUCCUUCUUCCUCAACCUCGGCCGAAGGCACAAGAUCAAGGGAAACUUCCAGAACAUGAUGAUGUUUGCAGGUCUGCGAGGUGCAAUGGCAUUUGCUUUGGCUAUCCGGGAUACUGCCACCUACGCCCGGCAAAUGAUGUUCACCACCACCUUGCUCAUCGUCUUCUUCACUGUGUGGGUGUUUGGUGGUGGAACCACGCCCAUGUUGUCCUGGCUACACAUCAGAGUCGGUGUGGACCCAGAUCAAGACCUGCAGCCCUGUGGAGACAGCUUCCAGGUCCUGCAGGGGGAUGGCACUCCGGGUGAAGGACAGAGUAAAACCAAACAGGAGAGUGCUUGGCUCUUCAGACUGUGGUACUCCUUCGACCACAAUUACCUGAAGCCCAUCCUGACACAUAGCGGCCCACCUCUCACCUCCACCCUGCCCAGCUACUGUGGGCCGCUGGCCAGCUGUCUCACCAGCCAACAGGCAUACGAGAACCACGAGCAGCUGAGGGACCAGGACUCUGACCUCAUUCGUAGCGAUGGUGACCUGACCUACACAUUUGGUGACACUGCGAUCACAGCCAAUGGUGCGUCUGGCGGUGGGGGGGAGGGAGCUGCAGGGUCAGGCUGGAGCGUUAAUGGAAAACGGAGCGGCAGCACCUCAGAGGAGGCACUGGAGCGUGAGCUGGACUCCCGCGAGCAGGAGCUGCUGAGCCGCGGCACGCGCCUGGUUUUCCCGAUCGAGGAUCAUGUCUGACUUUCCCUUCCUCCCUGCUUGCGCUGUCGACUUCCCUGACCUGACCCCCAGAACGCCUCGCCCUCCUCUCUCUCCAUAUCCUGCGGGCAGAGCGUCCAGUCCUUCAGAGAUAAGACAAAGUGGAGAUAUGGGAGCAGACAAGAGGGGAGGUUUCAGAGCGACUGAGCUCCCUCCAGGCCUGGAAGUAGAGUUCAAGGAUCAUUUCAUCCUCAUUACAGAGAUGGAGUUUAUUCUCAAGGAGACAUGUGUCCUCAAGAUCCUCUAACAGAGUUAAUGUGAUUCACUUUUACUGAUAUUGUCCUCUGCAUAGCCAGGGGAGAAACCCUUAUGCAGGAUAUGGGGAUGAAAUAACCUCAUGCAAGAUUGAAUCUGCACUUGUGAUAUUUUGUGUUUUUCGGCAGGAACGGAAAAGAGGUAGAAAAAUGAAUUAUAGCCUGACAGCAUGUCGUCAUAUGAUCCGACAAGUUUGAUUUCGCAGUACAUCAGUCUGUGACUGCGAAAUGCAAAGUGACUCCUUCACACACACUGACCUGUAUACAGUGGCCAAACAAACCAACAGUGAACAGUUCCCAGAUCAAACCGGAGCUCUGUGGUAGAUGCAUUUCAUUGAUAUUGAUCCCAUGUUGCCAACAGACCAUGUCUUUGGUAUGUUUGUCAAGAUUUCCUUUGUGUCACACAAAAGCAUCUGUGUGGAGGCAGUGUGGCAUGUGAGGAGGAGCACAGAAAGGGGCAGUUGUGCUGUGCCCUGGUUGUGUUGCCCUCUCAGUCACCGCAGCCCUUUCUUGGGUGAAAUAAGAGGGGUGAAGAAUGUGUGCAUGUAAAUAGCUACAAUGCUGAGCUUUGUUCCAUUUUAAUCGGGACGGCUCCUUUCAGUGCAUUACAUCACAUGACUGUUACCAAUCGCUCUGUAUAUCUUGUCUUGAGUAGACUUGGAUAAUUUUUUGUGUGAAGAAGGAAUGCUGAUUUCCCCCAACUGUAAAAACUGAUAGAAGAUAAUAAUACAGUUAAAACGUAUUUUCAAUGCAAAAAAAUAAACCAGACAUGCAUUAUAAUUUUGUAACUCUUUUGCAAAAAUAAUAUGUGUCUGCUGAUUUUUAAAAGAUAUAUUCAGUAAAAUAGGACUGCAAAUUAUUUUCAUUGACUAUUAAUCAUUUUUUAGAUUAACCAAUUAGCAAUGUAGUCAAUGAUGGAAAGUAACCCAGUAACUGUACUCAAGCACUGUACUUCUGUCCAGUUUUGAUCUACUGGGGGAGGCAAGUAUUUCUAUUUUAUGCUACUUCCACUCAACUACAUUUCAGAGGAAUAUAAUGUUCUCUUUCUCCACUACAUUUAUUGGACCGAUUUACUUACUACACUUUUAUGUGAAGAUUCUAAAGAACAGAUAAUAUAGCAAGCUUUUAAAAUAUAACACCUUAUUAAUGAUUUAACCAGCGGUUUCCUCUUAGGUUUCUGACGUCUUGCACAUCUGUCUUCUGCGGCACCAAGUGAUUUGUGUAUUCAUUUAAAUGAAUGAUUGAAUGACCCAAAUGAAGAAUUUCAGCAAAAAUCAAAGAAUAGAGAAAGAAUCUGAAAACUGAAACGGACCCUGUUUAUACAACUGCAGUUCAAACCUGCAGCAGUAACAGGCUGCUUACUCACUGAUCCAGUAUUAAUCAUCUACCGAUGUUAUAUGUAAUAAUAUAUCAGCUAAAAGGACCAGAUCAGUCAUUUUAUUUUAGUAAAAUAAUAUAUAUUCCACCACUGUGUUUAAUCAAGUUCAAAGAAAGUAUAAGAAACAGUUUAAAGUCUAUCAAAGAGCCAAAGGUGAUGUCAUUAAAUUGCUUGUUAUUCUGGCAAAUGGUCUAAACUGCUGUAUAACAAAAAACUGCAGUGAAGUAUCACACUGGAGAAGCUGGAACCAGUCAAUGUUUGGCAUUUUGCUGACAAAAUUACUAAUAUUGUUUACUUUAACCGACUGACUAAUCAAUUGCUUUUACUUUUUAUAACUGCACUUAAUCUGAAUGUUAAUGUGUAUAACGUGGUAUGAUGAUGAUGAUGUGCUUGCACAGGUCCCAUGCAGUAGAAGAGCAUUUUAAUUCAGGAAAGUAGUUCUUCAAAUACUUUUCCUGUUAACAACCUUCAACCUGUCAACUUUAUACUCAUGUGUUUAAAAAAGGAUAGACAAGUUCAUUCAUAUUCAACUUAAAAAACACUGAUGCCAAUCUCUGACAACCAGAGAUUACCAGAGGAAGUGCAUGCACAUGAUUUCACCCAGCAACCCUGCACUCUUCACCUUCAUAAGCUUUUUGUUGACGAAAAAAAAAAGUGUAUGUGGGCUUUUGCCCUUAUAACGUAUAAAGCAUUGGCCAAUUAACCUGGAAUGCAGCAAAAAGUCUCCUGUCUCACCUGUUGUUUUUAAACCUCAGUUCCCAGGAGUGUGGUCAUAUAUAUAUAUAUAUAUAUAUAUUUCAACAUUAUAAAUUUCGAAAUCAUCUUUGCCAACCUCUUAAUUUAAUAAAAAUAUGAUAUCAUCUGAACCUAUUUGGGAUCCGAUUUGGUAAAGGCAAAAUGUAAAAUUUGACAUUGUAGGAAAACACAAAUAUGCUUUAAUGCCAUUUGAGAAAUUUAUUUUUUCUCACCCACAUAUAAUUAAAAUAAAUAUGAAGAUACAACUAGUAGCUGCCCUUUGUUACCCUGGCACAAAGGCUAAUUAUUACCCUCUUGUUUACAGGCUUUUUGCUCAGAUAGGCUACAAGACAAACUGCUGGUUGUAGCUUCAUGUUUAAUGCACUUCCCUAUAGGCUCUGAUGACCGGUAACCUGAACACCCAUGAACAUCGAUUGUUCUCUUCAGCAGUAAAAUCACAUGAACCUCCUGGUGUUUUUGAUUUCAUUUUGAUUUGCAUAACUCCACAUAAACUAUGAAUUAUUGUGUUGCCUUUACUAUGUCCAGACAUCCCGUCUGCACCCCCUUUUUAAAAUACACCCCUGCAGCACACUGCCCCCUUUUUUUUUCUCCUUCGCCUACACACAGUGGCUGCUGCAUUUAUGCAUGAGUGCAAGAGGGCAGGUGUGAAAGGAGUGAUUGUGGAAGGUGAAGCUGAGGCUUUCACAGGGGGGAGAAGCCCCACACAAGUUUAAAUAGCUGACUCGGUGGGGGCCUCCAUGAGGAAAUGAAUCUACUUAUGUAAGAGUCUGCCAGUAUGCACAGUGUGUCAUUUCAACUCUGCCUGGAGUGAGCCAUAAUGUGAAGCUGUCUUACAUCCUGUAACCGUCUGUUGAUUGGGAAACUUCUGUUGUAUUAAGGCCACUAAAAUACUCACUUGUUGAUUAUUUUGUCAUUAUUUAACCAUUGACGCAGCCUCUUCUAAUAUAACCUGCAGCAGAUAUAACAUAUAUGAUAGAACUUUAAUAUGUGAUUUUUUAUGCUUUCUGAUUGGGGUUUCACACAUGUCCUGCUGUAUUGACUAACACAAGUGCAUAAAAAGACAGAAGAAGAACUCGCAUUUGACCACAUGUUGGAAACUCCCGGGCACUUUUAUGGACAGCGACAACACAGACGACUUGAAUGACGACCACAGGCAAAUAAAUGAGCAGAGUUUGACACUUCACCCCAAGCAGAGGACACUCUCUGUACUCUUAUAUAACCAUCAUGUGCACUCUUUCUCUCUCUCUCUGUCUGUUCCUCUCUCUGUCAGACUGUUGUGCUGUCAGUUGUCUCGCUGGCUAUAUUUACAUGCUCUCUGUACCUGAGAAAUAUGAGAAGUAGCUCAAUUGUCAAUACGUGGACCUGUUAUUUCUUGUAGCAGCUGGCUGCCAGGAUCCACCCGCCGUGGUUUGCAUGUCAACAAGUUAAUAAAAAUUGUCAAAUUA